GAUGGCUGGAAGAAGUGGGGUAGUAAGCUGUACCAACCAAGUCUACAACUAAAGAAGGUAAAGACCAAAUUAACUGAGGUCUUUGUACUGUCAACAAAGAGUUACAUAGUUCAGUGGUUUAAAUGCCAAAGCAGAAUACUAUUAGGUUGGGUGCAGGGUAAUGCCCUCUGAAAGCUGCAGGCACUGAGGUAGAAUUGGUAAAAGUCUUGGGAUCGCUCAAUGAAGGCAACAGUUACUAAUUUCUCUAAUAAUGACUUUGACUGCUUUGGGGCUGUAAUUUUGCCGAACAUCAAUCCGCAGUUCUACCCAGCAGCUCUGUAUCAUCCCCAAAGUCCUACUUACGAUCCUGAAGAUCUUAUUGAAUUUCUGGAAAUGCUUGUGAAACACUUCUUUCCAAUGAGAUAACCGAAUGCUAUGCCAAUUAUUGCCAGCGAUUUCAAACACCUUAAUCUGCAACCGGUCUUUCAGACUUUUGCUUAAAGCCACCUUGCUAAAUCGCUAACCGGGGGAUCAGGAAUAUUUCAAAUUUUUGCUACCAAUGUGCCAUUAUAGUUUGGCAGUAUCCACCGCGUGCAUGGACUUGUUAAAUCAGACCACAAGUGAAUUUGAAUAUAUUAAGAGUACUGAAUUCAGAGACUCCCAUGGUCUUUUUAAAAUGGCAAUGUACGCUUAUUUCCUGGGAGUCAACUGGUCCAUUUUUUUGCCGGUGCCAAUUUGCAAUUUGCGGUGGAGUUUUUCAUGCAUUUAAUUACGUCAUCCUUUUUUAAGGAGUUCUGCUCAGUUCUCAGAGUCAGGCAUUCAUCAAAGGAUCCGGUCAUCAUGUCGCCUCGGGUUUAACUUUAAUUGAAUAAAAAGACAAUGCAUCCAGAUUGUGACUUACGCAGAACCAGAUUGAUGUUAUACCGAUUAAGAACACUGAACAAGCAUGUUAAGUUGACUAAACAAUGGUGGACAACAGUCAAUACUACUAUAGUGAAAGAAAGUUUAAACAACUGGAGGAACCUUUCAGUUUUUCGUUCUUUUGUGAGAAAGUUAACAAAUAUUCUCAAUUAUACUGCUCAAAAACGUUUUGAUAUUUCUGAUUUUACAAGGGCGUUCACUUUUAAAUUCCUUUCCACCCCAAAAAGACGAAAGCAGGACCAGAUGGUUUGACACACUUAGUUUUGGAGAGAGUUUGCUGCUUAAUUGGUCCCGGUCACGAAGUUCUUUUUCACUCCUUCUGUUACAUUCCAAAUUGUGACAGAAAUUUGGAAAUUAAUCAGUAUCGACCCUAGUCCUAAGGAAUCCCGUCUUUGAACCAGUAAAGCCAUAUUUCUGUAACGUAUCUUAUAAUUUACCUUUUCGAGAAGAGAGUAAUGUUAGUAAUGUUUAUCAAAUGGAAAUCAAGCCAUUCCUUAGUUCAUCGAAAAGCCCAGAUCGAUUAUACAUAAAGAGGGUCAGAAACGAUAGUUCUUUUCCCAUACAAAUCGUUAUAUUUCGAAUGUUACGCAACAAUGCCGAUGCUCAUACUUCGAGCUUGGGCUACCUGUGGUUGAACCUUGGCUCACAGGGAGAGACCAAGCAAUGCAAGCUCGUACCAGGUAACCGACAGCUUUAGCCUUUAUCAAAAGUCAUCACAUGGUUGAAAUGGCCUGAUAUGAAAGAGGCAGACUGUGUUAGACUGUUUGCAAUUGCCUUCUCAAAGGUUUUUGAUUCAGUUAGUCAAGCUAUUAUAUUUAACAAAUUAAAAGAGGUAUCCAUUAAUCCUUAUAUUAUUUACUGGAUCAUUUUUUUCCUCGAAGACUCCAGAGACUUGUAUCUAAUGGUACUAUGUCUUCGUUCUGGUCCAUAAUUAGGGGUGUUCCUCAGGGUACUAUUUUGGGACCAGUUUAUUUGAAUUGAGUUGUACGACAUUAGUCCGGUCAACAGCAUGAAGUCUAUGCCGACGAUCUAGACUUAAGCAUUAUGGUUAAGGGAAGUGAUGACUGUACCCCAGUUGAAGUAGAGUAUAUCCUUACUUUGACAAAUAACAAUGGGAUGACAAUCUUAUAUGAGACUAAAAAAUGAUUGCUACAGGGAAAACCGAAAGGCCUUCACCUUCUGUUGUAUUUGACAUCACCAGGAAACAUUAUACACUUAAUGUCAGAUCCCGAGGGAAACAGUUAGUUUUGUUUUCCCGAGAGUCCUGAUGUUCGUCUCGGGAAACAUCAGGACUCGAGGGAAAACAAAACUAACUGGUUUCCCGAGGAACCUGACAUUAAGGGUUUUGUUAUAUUUCUAGACUUUCACUUCAACAGCAACAAAAGAAUAACCGAAGCGAACCAAAACAGUCGACUCGGUACUUAUUGACAACAGAAACUUAAUUCUUAAAACCAUGCCACUGAAUGAUUGAUUUACAAAGUACUUUCCUUAUAUUAUCUGCAUCUUUUUCCGCCACUAGCUGCUUUUUCUUCUUCUGGGAUGACUUUAAAAAAUCGUUGCUUUUUAGCUUGAGGCUUCGUGUUUGUGUUGAAGUUGCUCUGUUCAUUCACGAAAAAGAAAAUUGGCAGUGUUUUUCCCACCUUCUGUCACACCACUUUCCACCAUGCUAUAAUCACGUGCUGUAAUGUAGCCCGAGCGGGGUGCAUUGCUUAAUGGAGCACGAUCGGGAUACGUUUGAUUUUGGUCAGUCUCUGUUUAGUUGAGUGAAAGUCUAGGAAUAUAACAAAUUUAAAUAUUCUGGGGUGUAUUUUAGUCGAGACCCAAAUAACUGGGACCAGCAGUUUGAGUACUUAAUAAAGUGGGUACUGACGGUUAUGUGAACCUUGAUACCGUAAGAACAUGAAUGUUCAUUAGAUUCCCCUGCUGGACUGUAUUUUAACUGCAACCUCAGUGUGGGCAUAUGCGAUCUGCAGCAAACAUCUAAUUCUUGAGUUUCCCAAGGGUUCUUUCACCAGUUAUAAAAAUGGUGGAAGCUUGUUCUGAAAGGGGAUGGUACAAAAGUCUUACUAGCACUACCAAUGGCUCAUUAGUAGACUUUUUGCCCCUUCUAGAUCCAGAUUGAUGCGGAACAGAGGCCAACCCUUCAACCUUCUGCCAUCAGAACUGAACAUUUUAAAUGAAGCUUCAUGUUUCUUCUUCUUUCUUAAAGAUCAGUUGUUUUUUAGGGAUUAGUAUGACAAAGGAACUUUUAAGAUAAAACAAACAGACUUCUUGACUGGAAAAACCGGACACUAGCCUAAGGUGAAAAUUUGUCUAAUUAACGUGCCUAACGUGCAUGGUAUUUCAGCGAAUUGUGAACAUACCUUUGUAGAGUAGUUCGCUAUAGCAUGUAAAUGUCAGUUUGCAAAACGCCCAGACACAAUAACAAAUGAUAUGGUUUGUUUGUUUUAGCUCUUCCACAAUUCUACACAUCUACCUUCAUCAGUAUUACGCGGAACAAACAAAGGCUCUAACUUUUUUGUGUUUAACAAUUUUCUUGGUAAUUAUACUAAGUUUUAAACACCGUAUAUUUCAGUAUUGGUAUUGCAUAACGUGCAUUGGCCUCCAGUCACCAAAAGCGGAUUGAAUAAACUAUUCUAACCGUAGCUUAGAAAGCAUUGAAUGGAAUGGUUCCGUCCAACAUCUGUGAUCUACUGCAGUCUCUUUAUCCACCCGUAAUCUUCGUCCAGUAUCUAGACCACCGCGUGGUUAGCUCAGUUGGGAGAGCUCCAGUCUGUUGAGCGGUAGGUCGCGGGUUCAAACCCCGGCCGGACCAACACUCAGGGUCUUUAAAUAUCUAAGAAGAAAGUGCUGCCUUUGUGAUGACAUCUGCAAAUGGUUAGACUUUCAAGUCUUCUCUCGCAGCACUUUUACUGAUUUGUUCUUGUGGGACGUAAAAGAACCUACAUCACUGUUCGAGAAGCGUAGGGGUCGUAGACCCCGGUGGUGUGGCCAACCUUUACGGGUUGUGGGAUUGGGCAGGGAUGGCACCUUGCAUCGGACCUAUGAGUCCCGUUCGUGCACAUUCUCUCUGGGCAUGCCUGUGUCCAGAAAAGCUAGUAAAUGAAUAAAUAAAUAAAUAAAAGAUCACUGCUAUUCGAAGUACCUGAGUCAGUUAAAGGGGCUGUAUUACGAAAUAUAUCAAAACUCAAGCAAAGCGAGCCUGCCACCACACUGAGUGAGACAAAAAAAAUAACUGCUCAUAACACAGCAAAUGCGUAAGGAGGAGCGGAUUUAUAAAUUUGAAGAAGAAAGAAACGGAUUGCAAUUGUGCUUUUAAACCUUUUUGUAACUUAAAAGUUUUUCAAAGUUCGUUUUUGUUGUUUGUAACGUUUGAUAUACUACUUGGGAGACUGAUCGAGAUUUGUCUGACAGGAAGCUGUAUUUUUGCCAUUUACAAGCAAUUUCUCAAGUUCCACAAGGACGUCUAUAUAAGUUUCAUCGCAAUGUUACACAUAAAUACCUUCAAGGGUGUAAGAGUGUUCAGUUCUCACUUAUUUUUAGCUUAAAACACACGUUAAUAACAAGAUGAGUAAAGCGGGUCAGUCUCGAUUUAUAGAAGUUUGGCAAGGCUUUUAGCAGAGGUGGUCACAUCAGCGGAAGAGCUUGAAAUCUUCAGAAAGAGGAGACGUUCGCUAACUGGCCUCACUUAGACAAAAAUGGUGGUUACUUUUUUAAAGACUAAAAAAAUCGCUAGCCCCGACCCGCAAACCACUUAAACGAAGUGUAGUAGCGGUGUCUUGAGCUCUGAGGAAAAACAAACUGAGUAAAAUUAUGCAAGUGGAAGAUGACUAUUACUACGUGACUAUUAAGAUGACUAUUACUACGUGCUUUCGCUUUAUAGCGCUGUCAGAUUUCUGAUUUAUUACGUUUAUCGGUUCUUAAACCACAAAGACACGUUUUUCAUGUGUUCGAGUACUAAAUCACGCCAAGGGAGCGUGACUUUUCAAGAGGCAGCGUGGGAUGCCGCCGCCUCUGCCGCUGGGAGACGACACUGUUCAACGAGGCCGGAACAAAUUACGGAAACCUGACUAGAGUCACGAAAAGCGGGAUAUUUGUUCAUGGUUUAGUCAGCUAGAUAGCUGAAAAGGUAUCUACUAAGUUCAAACAUCAACCACGAAAGGAUGGGAGAUUCACUGUGACCACCUACAGGUUGGAAAAAUAAUUCAAUUUUAAUUUUAUUGAUUGAAUUCUUGAAACAUCAAAUCUCUGCGAUAAAUGCCGUACCUUUUGCAAAAAACUUUUAUUAUUAACGACACUUUUGACAUCAAAAGCAGUAAGCAGCGGUGUUCCUAUAGGACAUCGUGUUGCAUUUAACAUUGGGAACCUUGGCCGAAGAAUGCAGCAAGAGUGAUAAUCUUUUCGUAGGACGACUAAUUUAUACAUGAAAAUCAACUUGGACGUAGUUAUGGAAACCCACUUCCAAAGGAAAUUCGGUACGAAAUCGUUAAAGUUUCACUACAACGAGGUCGACUAUGCGACAUAUGCCGUCGUUUGGGAAUCUUUCAUGGCUUUGCCAGCAAGCUGUUGUCCAAGUAUAGCCGGAAAGGAUGGCUCAAUCUAAUAUGGCGGCGGAGAAGGUGUAGGCAGACCCCGAGUUAUCACCCCUCACUUGGCAGAGAGAAUCGAACAGUACUUGAAGGAACAACCUGGGAUCUAUUCUUGGGAGAUACGAGAUCGGUUGGUCAAAGCUAGAGAACUGACAUAUGCAGCUUCGAAAACGUUCUAUCUCUGACUUCUAUCCGAAUCGGUGGUUGAAUCGGUCAAAGUAAAUUGAUUGAGGUGCACCCGUCUGCAGUAAAAGUGCAGCAACUUGGAAAGAGUAAAAACCACUCGCUAAUAUAUUGAAUCUUCAUCUAGGAGGAAUUAAUAUUUCGCUGCAACUUUUUCAGUUUCUUUAGUCUGUUCUUCAGAUAGAGAUUUUGCACGUAAAGAGGAAGACCAACGAGCAGGUAGUGUACUCAAUUAUCAUAAUUGUCAAGCUCUCUUAAAUGGCGCGCAGCUGUAGGUUUUCGUCUUGCAAACGGAUCUUUUAUGUACAUUAAAACUUACUCUGUUAGAUUCAGAUGCUUAAGUUUAUCACAAUUUACUUUAUAUUUACCACUGGCCGUGUGAGUGGAAUCUGGCUCUUAAACUAGUGCCUUUUCAAGUCGGUUUUCAUCUUUCUUAACCUACCUUUCGACACAUCAUCAGGCAUGUUUUUGCCGCUUUUGACUACAACACUGAAUAUUCGUUGUCAUUUCAUUACCUCAGAGUCUAAUUUCAUGACUUUUUAUCCUGAUAAGAUCUUAAUAAAUUUAACUGCAGAAAAAAACAAUAAGCAGUUUGUGUUCGUGGCUUUAUUCUUCGAUGAAUACAAAUUAAAAUGAUAGUGCAAGACGACAAAACUGAUUAUUAUAAUUACAGCCUUAGAAACAAGUCAGCCAUCAAUAUGUAGAUACUUAACAGUUCCUAAGGCUCAAAGAUCAAAACUCUUCAAUGAUUGAGUUGUUUAAUGGAAAAUGCAACGAAAACCGGCCGAUAAACUAAUAGCACUCCUUACAUUGCCAUGAUACGGGCAUUCAUAUUGCUGAAGCACCUCGAUUGAAACUAUUUCUUUGAAUGUCGGAUCAGGGCAAAAGAAAGUUUUCCGUGAGCUUCCAACAAAUAUCACUUGCCGUUGAUCUCUUCGAAUGUUUGAUUGUUACAUUUUUACUCUAGGUUGAAGUUCAAAUCAGUUUUAUCAUUAAUGUGUCAAACGCUUCUUUGGAGGAUAUUAACAUGUCUUGACUUCUUUACUUCUCAAGCAUACAUGCAAGCCUCAGUUCCUUGUUAUUCUAAGUUUCAUGAGGUAAGGAACUGGUUAACACGCUUUAUCUGAUACGAAGUGUUGUUCACAGAGUGUAUUUAAGCGUAUUUGUGCAUUUCUUUAAACUGCCCUCAGUUCAUGAUCAUUUGAAAUUUUAACACUAGGUGUUUCUUUUAAAAUCCUUUUGGGCAUUUUUCUCGUAGUCUGCUAAUGAAACAAUCCCUCUCUGUAAUUCUUAAGUUCUUCGGGAUAGAGUCUUUAAUGCAUCUAUUUAAACUGAACAGAGAGGAUCAGAAAAAAUGAGCAGUAUGCACUGGAUUGGUUCCGUAAACUGAUCAUGAUUAUACUGUCGUAAUAAAAAUUUACAUUGAGUGAAAGCCACUCAGUGGCAAGCCAGACCUGUAUUGUUUAUCAGUUAUGCCAUAGGGUCAGGUUCAAGUUUAUUCGACUUAUUUUAUCUUUUCUAUAAAAAUAUACACAUAUGUUUUUAUAUUUUCCAAAUGAGCAUAGCCAUAUAAAAUAACUGAAGCCGCUACCGGGCAACAGUUCUUUUCUGUGGUAAAGCUUGAGCUAGGAUGUUCUCUGAGGACCAUUGAAAUGAAAGCUACUUGAGCAGUAAUUUCUUCCGUAGUAUUACUGGUUUGUUUUUCUUCACUAAGAAGGCGAUUCUAGGUCAGUGACUGAAAUCUUGAGUGUAGGAAAUCCAAGAAAUCGACUGCUUGGCGUUUUGGUUCCCUGGUACCAUCUGUGUCGCUGUAUCGCAACAAAAUGAUUUUUGACGUCCUGCACAAAUCUCAUAAUAGAUCAGCGUUCAGUAUCAUUUAUGAUCUCUCUGUUUCACUACUAUGCAGUCCGUUUGAACUGCGCCCACCUUUACUACAAUUUCAAUACCACCAACUACCCAGAGUGUUAACUUCAAAUUAAAAUAGAUUUUGAUGGUAAUUAUUAUGCUUGCGGGCCGUUUUGACCGAUACUUUUGUGCGACGUUGAAAAUUGCCGAGGGAUUAGUGGAGCAGUGGUGUUUUCUCGUGAGAAGAACGUCUUAUAUGUUUAUACAUUCUUGCUGUUCGCCCUGGAUGGUGUUCAUCAGCUAGAACAAUGUGAGUAAGAUGAAGUGUUUUAUUCGUUACAAAACCAGAAAAGAGAAUGCAUUAUACCGAUGAUCAACUUCGCGUGAACUUGAGACAGCGUUUGAAGUUACUCUACUGACCCGUCUGCCUCAGAACGACGUUAGUUGGCGACAAAGCUUAAGUGUCACAGGAUCAAGAAUUCAUGCGCAUUUUAUAGUUUUUUUAAGGUUAAUUCAAGGCCACAUUGAUGCUAGAGGUUCUACCACUGAAUAAGGGUAUAAUGGCAUUAAACCGUUCUACAGAACAUUUAUUUUAAAAGAACUAAUACUAAAAUGACUGUUGGAAAUCAAUAUAAAGGUUGAAGAGUCACUGUGGUAUAUUUGGGUUGUCACAGAAGCAAUUGUACUGUGAAAGGUCAGAAAUUCACAGUUUCAAAUGAGAUUAAACUUAACUGCGUAAGUAAAAAUGGCAACAACGCAUGCAUGAAGUACGGAUACCUGUCAGUACGUCCAUCCUCUCUCUGCCCGCAGUUUUUGCAUUUAUCAUUUAUUGGCUAUGUCAUGGUUAUGUCUUUUUCCUACUUGAAACUUGACCUUGUGGAAAAAUAUUUGUAGUGUAACCGAAGGGAGGACAACGCAAGAUCGAUUUUUGACCAUUUUUCACUCGACAACACAGGAGAUUAACCUUGAAAAAGUAGGUCCACUUCUCGCAGCUUAAAAUGUUAUCCGGUUACCCAAACUUAAAGUGAAUAGGAAGCUACUUUUUUUGAAGUCUGGCAAAGUAGGUCUCUUGUAUUUUGGGGUACUUAUUGGCAAUUUAGGCUAAGUUGCGUUUUAAUAAUAAUGAUAUUAAUAAUAAUACUAACAAUCUUUAUAACUAGGGUUUUAAUUAGGUUCUUAAUUUCUAUGGAGGUAUAGUUGUUGACUCCUAGAAAAAUAAAGAAACUUGAGUUCGGUCCUUAAUUAUACCGUAUUUAUUCACAACUCUACAUCACAAAGCUCCUUUAUGCCAGGCCCAUGAAGGACAAUUACACUCUGUACUUUCUUCAAACUUGUUUCAGUUGUUGGAACUACACUGCUACUUUUACUAGUAAUUACAGUUUGUUCCAGUCAGGCGGGGGGGGGGGAGCUACUUCCCAUACAUUCUCUUAAAUGAAUCUCACAACUUGCAAAGCGAUCAGCAAGUUUCUCGCCAGCGGAUUUGUGUGCUGAUCAUGCGAAUUACGUCGAAACGAAAUCAAGGCGGCCCAAGACGGGACUGUUUCUCACUAUUACAUUUUGGUAAAUCGCAAAUUUUUUGGUUUUAUGUCGCUUUUCAGACAUAGCGUAUGGUUUGCUUUUUUGGUUAGAUAAUUUCCCUCUGCAGAGUUUGGAAUAUGCAACAUAUAGCUGCGUAAAGCUGACAAGAACCGCCGAAGAGUUGAGCUAUCGAGCAGUGUUUUGCUGCAAACCUUAGGAAAGUUCAGGUCACUUCAAGGUACAGACCUUUCAGUAGUAGUUGUGAUUUGUUUAUUAGGAUUGUUUUGAAUUUUACCUUUGAAUUCAAGGUGUUGACUGAUCGUAAUAAACGAAGUGAAACGUUAUGAAGUGUGACUAUAUGUUUAUUCAGGUACGAUAUGUACCGCUGUAAGCUCAUAUUUAUAAGGCUCUCUUGAAUAUACUUACUUCCGAUAAAUUUGACACUUUUUCCAAUAUUUUUUAUCAGCAUCAUAAUUUCCAUAGUCCUUUGAUGUCCUCGCUCGGCAAAAACGAUGUAACCUAUAAAUCGAUCGAGCGUGUUGUUGUUGGUUAAGAUCUAACACGAUUGUCAACACGAUUGCGGUUUAGUUUCCCCCCGCGAUUUCAGUACCAAAAGACAAACACGAUAUGCAAGAAAAACAAAGAUGCAUGAUAUUAUUUUUUCAAUGUUUUAAUCAUUUCUUCUGCCGGUUCGCUUCUAGCUUAAUAUUUAGUCUGGGAAAAACACCUAUUACCCGCUUACCACCACGCAGGGUGACCGCUUUGCAAGUUGUGAGAACAUCGUUUCUCGGUUCCAGACCCCGUCUGUGAAUGUUGUGAAUUCAUUAGUUUAAUUGUAUUGACUACAAAUUGGCCUGUAAAGUAGGCCAUCCAAAUCUCCUCGUUAAAUCUCAACUUUCUGCAUCUUGUUCUAUAGGUGUGGUGUGAAGUGCAAUCCAAGAAGGCGAUCAAUUCAUAAAGCCAAACUGGGCACGGACGAGCCAAAGCGGAAUGAAAAGACGGAAUUCGGCAAGUUGUCAUAG